UUGUGGUGUGCUGUGGUAAAUUGAAAUUUUAAAAUUUAAAUUCCAACAAUUUUAAUUUCAGAUGAAUUAUCAGGUUCCUCCACUCCGACAAGAAGGAAAACCCCAUUCAAAAAACGAAAAAUUAUCAUGGCUCGAAGAAUAUUUGGAGGGAAAAGAUGAAAUACUUUUGUAUAUCACUGCUGCGAUGGGAGUUCUUCUACCCGGAAUUGUCUAUUUUCUCUAUCACAAAUGUCACGCAUAUUAUGAGAAAUAUUCGAGAAAAAAAGAGGAAGAACGAAUGAGAGAAGAGAUGGAACAAUCGGAAGCUGUUGUUAUUGUUUUGGGUGAAAAAGGACCGGCGGAAAAAUAUUCGAAAAUUGUUUAUGAUAAGUUGUGCGAAGAGAUGAUUAGAAAACCGGAGAUUUGGAUGUCGGAGAGUUUGCAAGUUAAACAAUUGAUGGAUUUUAAGGUGAAUAGAAACAUUAUUUUUUGAACCGGCUGAAAAUUGAUAUUUUUCAAAGAAGUUUUUUGAAGACAUCGAAAAUUUCCAGAAUUUUUUGAAAAAUUUUGAUAUUUUGUGCUAAAAAAAUGAUUUUUUGGAAAAAUUAUAUUAGAUUUUCUGAAAUUUGGAGCCCUUCACAGUCCAAAAAUUAUCAAUUUUCGGCCGGUUCCAAAAAAGUUCCCUUGUCAAUGAAAAACUCAAAAUUUCUUUGUUUUUCAGGGUUUCUGUAUAUUUUUGGUCGACACUUUGGAUGGUGGAAAAGCGAGUCCAUCAACUGAUUGGUUUUUAGAAUGGCUCGAAGAUGUGGCAGCGGAUGCAAAAUUGAAAAAGAAAUCGAAUUUCGAUAAAAUCCGAUUCUCAAUCGUAGGAUUUGGAAGCAGUUUGGAUGGACAACACGCAUUCAAUAAAACUGCGCGGAUUUUAUUGAAACGCUUGAAAAUUGUUGGAUCGAAACAAAUCACUGAAGUUGAAAUUUAUGACACUACUGUAGCAGGUUAGAUUGAGAUCUUGGAGUUAAAAUUAAAAGUAUCAUGGAAUUUUCAGAUUCGAGAAUUGCUGAAGCUUUCGAGCUAUACAGUUUGGAGUUGUUGGAAGCUAUGGAUCGAAAUUUGCCGGGAAACGAUGUGCAAACAGAUUCCGAAGAUGGAGAAGAUGAUGAUGAAUCAUCCAUGGAUUCUGAUGACUCUUCCGCAAAACAUCAAAAAUCAAAAUAA